GGUUGUAGCCGGCCAAGCCUCUCUGAAAAGCGAUCAGCUGAUAUUUCGUCGUUGAGCGUAGCGGAUAACGCUGAAAACCGAGGAGCUGAAGACUAGCUAGUACAACAACAGUAAGACAAUUACAUUUAGGUAUUCGGGGGAUCCCGUUGAUUGCUGAGCAGGAGCUGGUGCGUCCCAAUACGCCACCAUGGGGGAGCUCUUCAGAAGCGAGGAGAUGACGCUGGCCCAGCUCUACCUCCAGUCAGAGUCUGCCUACUGCUGUGUCAGUGAGCUGGGAGAGAUCGGGAUGGUGCAGUUCCGUGACCUGAACCCAGAUGUGAAUGUGUUCCAACGCAAGUUUGUCAAUGAAGUGCGCCGAUGUGAAGAGAUGGACCGCAAGCUGCGGUUUGUGGAGAAGGAAAUCAAGAAAGCCAACAUUCCCAUAGUAGACACAGGCGAGAACCCUGAGGUCCCCCUACCAAGGGACAUGAUUGACCUGGAGGCCACCUUUGAGAAGCUGGAGAAUGAGCUGAAAGAGAUCAACACCAACCAGGAGGCUCUGAAAAAGAACUUCCUGGAGCUGACGGAGCUCAAGCACAUCCUGCGUCGCACUCAGCAGUUCUUUGAUGAGAUGGAGGACCCCAACCUCCUGGAGGAGUCGUCCACCAUGCUGGAGCCUAGUGAGACGGGGGUCCGUGCUCCUCUCAGACUGGGCUUUGUUGCUGGGGUGAUCGGCCGGGAGCGUAUCCCUACGUUUGAGAGGAUGCUCUGGAGGGUUUGCCGUGGCAACGUGUUUUUACGGCAGGCUGACAUUGAAGACCCCCUGGAGGACCCUGUCACGGGUGACCAUGUCUAUAAGUCGGUCUUCAUCAUUUUCUUCCAAGGAGAUCAGCUGAAGACUCGUGUCAAGAAGAUUUGUGAAGGGUUCCGAGCGUCACUCUAUCCCUGCCCUGAGACUCCCCAGGAGAGGAAGGAGAUGGCUGCAGGAGUGGCGACGCGCAUCGAUGACCUACAGAUGGUUCUGAACCAGACGGAAGACCACAGGCAGCGAGUGUUGCAAGCUGCAGCCAAGAUGGUGCGGGUGUGGUUCAUUAAGGUGAGAAAGAUGAAGGCCAUCUACCACACGCUGAACCUGUGCAACAUCGACGUCACCCAGAAGUGCCUGAUCGCCGAGGUUUGGUGCCCUGUCUCCGACCUGGACUCCAUCCAGUUCGCCCUGCGUAGAGGCACGGAGAAGAGCGGUUCCACAGUUCCCUCCAUCCUCAACAGGAUGCAGACCAAACAGACUCCGCCCACCUUCAACAAGACCAACAAGUUCACCUCAGGCUUUCAGAACAUUGUAGACGCCUACGGAAUUGGCAACUACCGCGAGAUCAACCCAGCACCAUACACCAUCAUCACCUUCCCCUUCCUAUUCGCUGUCAUGUUUGGGGACCUGGGCCAUGGGGUGCUCAUGACCUGUGCUGCCCUCUACCUGGUCCUGAGAGAGAGCCGCCUGCUCGCCCAGAAGAACGACAACGAGAUGUUCAGCAUGGUGUUUGCCGGACGCUAUAUCAUCCUGCUGAUGGGCGUCUUCUCUGUGUAUACCGGCAUCAUCUACAAUGACUGCUUCUCCAAGUCCCUCAACCUGUUCGGCUCCGGAUGGAGCGUCAGGCCCAUGUUCGAUCCCCGCGCCAACAACCUCACCUGGACGUUUCAGACACUGGGUCAGAACAAGGUUUUGCAGUUGGACCCUGCUGUGAAAGGAGUCUUCACUGGACCUUACCCGAUUGGCAUCGACCCAAUUUGGAACAUCGCCACCAACAAGCUGACCUUCCUUAACUCCUUCAAGAUGAAGAUGUCCGUGAUCCUGGGCGUCAUCCACAUGCUGUUCGGAGUCUCUCUGAGUCUCUUCAACCACCUGUAUUUUAAGAAACCCCUGAACAUCUACCUGGGCUUCAUCCCUGAGAUUGUGUUCAUGGCCAGCUUGUUCGGCUACCUGGUCAUCCUGGUGUUCUAUAAGUGGGUGGCCUACGACGCGCUCACCUCCAGAAGUGCUCCCAGUCUUCUCAUUGCCUUCAUCAACAUGUUCCUGUUCAACUACAGUGACCCCACCAACCAACCCCUCUACGCAGGGCAGAGGGUCUUACAGACGCUGCUGGUGUUGAUCGCCCUGGCAUGUGUUCCCUGUAUGUUAAUAGUGAAAACCCUGGUGAUGCGGCGACAGUACCUCUGGCAGAAGAACUUGGGCACCCAGAACUUUGGGGGGAUCCGGGUGGGCAACGGCCCCACUGAAGACGAGGCACAGAUCAUCCAGCAUGACCAGCUCUCCCAGCACUCUGAGAAUGACGAGCAUGAGGCCACCGAGGAGGAAGUGUUUAACUUUGGAGAUGUGGCGGUCCACCAGGCCAUUCACACCAUAGAGUACUGUCUGGGCUGCAUCUCCAACACGGCCUCCUACCUGCGACUAUGGGCCCUCAGUCUGGCACACGCACAGCUGUCGGAGGUUCUGUGGACUAUGGUGAUGCACAUCGGCCUGUCCUCCAGGAGCUUUGCUGGUUUCCUGGUUCUGUCCAUCAUCUUUGGGGCCUUCGCCGUUCUGACCGUCUGCAUCCUGCUCAUCAUGGAGGGGCUGUCUGCCUUUCUGCAUGCGCUGCGUCUGCACUGGGUGGAAUUCCAGAACAAGUUCUAUGUCGGCCAAGGCUUCAAGUUCCUCCCAUUCACCUUUGAAAGCAUACUGGAGGGGAGGUGCGAGGAAUAAACCCUGACCUCGUUCGGUUCCUCUUUACAGCCGAUUUGGUGUUGACUAGUAAUGUGCAUUGGGAAACUCCACCUAUCAUGGGCAUUGCCUUAGGAACUCAUGAUAUUGACAUUUUCUAAGCUUCCUGAUCAGGAUGUUUCCAAUUUCAAUCUGUUAUUUGUCAAUGUUGUAAGAAUGUGUCCCUUCGGGAUCUAGAAUAUUCACAAACAGAUGAAUCCUUCAGUCAGUUAAUUCUGUAGUUUCUCUUAGGGGGGAGAUGGCUAUUUCUGAAAAUGUGAUGGAAUUUGAUAACAUCGGUGUCUCAUUCUGGUGCAGUGACCGUUUUCUUUUUUGAUUUGUUAGUUUCUUUAAUGAGAGAAAUGAUUGUGUUGUUUUUCAUUGUAAAACCUGUUCAGUGAUGUAUGCAGACCCCGUGUUAGAAUUGCACUACUUGGAUCAUUGUGAACAAGGACUAGCUUUCCUGUGGUCUGGAUUGUCAUUGAUUCACCUCAGUAGCUGUCCAUGAAAUAACCACCUAUAUGCUAUGUCUAAGUGUGUUUGUUGUUAUUGUCCUUGCUUGUCCCUAUCCUGUUUAUACACGAAUACAGAAAAACCUUUAAAUCACACAGACCUCUACUUUAAGGAGGUCCAAAGGGAAUUCCUGAUACCAUACAGCGACUCAUGCCUUUGGUGGAUCUUCAAUGCAAAGCAGUGAAUUGAAUAUCAUGUGACGCAGGACCAGUAAUGGUGUGUUAUGUCCUGACACCUCUUCUUUCGAUGACAGCAGUAAUGUGCAGUGAAUUAUGGGGAACUUGUCUGUUGUCGUCCUUUUAAUGGGGAUUAUUUAAACCUCAGAGAAGGACACUGGGUUUUCUGAGAUGAUCCAUGACUGAGAGUAAUGGUGAUUGUGUGUUGAUUUGUUUUUGUUGUUCCAAACAUUUAAUUUUGAUCUUCUGUAAAGUGUUUACAAUGUCAAUGUGUAAGCCUGUGUGGAAGGCAGUGUGAAGGACUGACUAACCAUGUAAGAGGACUCCUGUAAAGGGGAUCUGGUGAUUGUCAUCUACAGUACGUGUGAGACCUCUCCUCAGUCUGCAUAGAUGGGUAGUUGCAUUGAGAAUCUCUCUGUCAUUAAAGAGGAAAGAGCUGGUUAAGCAAACUAUUGUAUUGUCUUCUGA